ACUAACCAAUUCUAACCACGUUAUAAACAAAUGUUAUUGUUAACACAGUAUUAACAGUAUUGUUAAAUGUAAUAAUAUUUCAAUGAUCAGUCUGCUAUACAAACCAAUGUGCUUUCGAAAAGUGUUAAUCGUACACGUUACAAGUAAAUCGUGUGAAUAAAUAAAUCGUAUCUUUCUUUUUUCGCCGAGUUUAACAAGAUAGUAAUACAAUGUCUUAUAUGUUAUCACAUCUCCACAAUGGGUGGCAAGUGGACCAAGCAAUUUUAUCUGAAGAAGACAGAGUAGUCGUUAUUAGAUUUGGUCAUGACUGGGAUCCGAUGUGUAUGAAAAUGGACGAAGUCCUAUAUAAUAUUGCAGAAAAGGUUAAAAACUUCGCAGUUAUUUAUUUGGUUGAUAUUACGCAAGUACCUGACUUCAAUAAAAUGUAUGAAUUAUAUGAUCCUUGUACGGUCAUGUUCUUCUUUAGAAAUAAACAUAUAAUGAUAGAUUUGGGAACAGGAAAUAAUAACAAAAUAAAUUGGACCCUGGAAGAUAAGCAGGAGAUGAUUGAUAUAAUUGAGACGGUUUACAGAGGUGCCAGAAAGGGUAGAGGUUUAGUGGUUUCUCCCAAAGAUUACUCUACAAAAUAUCGCUAUUAAUUUAGUUAAUUAAUAAAUUUUGAUGAUUAUAUUAUUUUAUAUUGAUCCCUGUCAGCGAGUUGAUGAGCAAAUGUGAGUAACUGAAUUUAUAUACCAAUAAAUAACAGUAUUUUGUGAUUAUAAAUAAACAUAGAGUUAAAUAUAACGUACAUUCAUAUAAUUUAUUUUAGUAUAAAUAUAACUGUAAAAAUAUAAUAUAUGCUUUUGACUAGA